UGUUUGGUAUGUCAUAUUCAAAUCUUAAAAACUAUAAUGAGUUGUCGUGUAAAAUUCUUUGUCAAAUGAAUUCUUGUGUUUGGUAUGUAAUAUAUAUAAGUAAUUUAGUGAAUAAAGUGGAUAAUUAUGUUAUUCUAUUAUAAUUAGUAAAUAGUUGUUGAAUUCAUUUGGAAAUUCCAUCUCAAUUCCUCGGAAUUGCUAUAACUAGUACCAAUUCCAUAAAAUUCAAAAUUUAGAAUUGAAAAUGAAUUCUUUUAAAUACCAAACACAAAAAUAUUUCAUUUCAAAAUGAAUUCCGCAAAAUUUAUGGAAUUCAUUUAUACCAAACAGUAUGUUAGUUUGUCUUUUAAUUUAAUUUUAUUAUAUUAGUAGAUUUUUAUUAAUUUUUAUGUGCCAUUGCAUCCAUAUCAACAUAUCACGCUGAUUCACUAACGAUCAAUGAUGUUGAUGGAGGCUUGAGCCUGUGGAAUGCGAAGAACAACGAUUGAAGGUGGAGGAAAAUGAUAGACUGCCAAUAAAUAAGUGUGCUGAAUUUGAUGAUAGAUUUGGAAUUGAGAAAUAUGUGAAACCUAAAAUGGUAUGGUAUUUGCUAUGAGAAAUGAGUUGGAACAUCCAUCUCUUUCACGUCAUAUUCUCUUUUAGUUUUUUGAUGAUUUCCGAUUUCAAUUUAAGAAAUUACCUAAAUUAAUUAAUUAGUUAGAUAUAAACAAAUAUAUGAUGGUGCAACUAUUCAUUUACAACUCAUGUUUUUUUUUUGGUCGAAUCCUAACUCAUAGUCUAAUGGCUGUUUAGAGAAUUGGAGUAUAAAAUUUAAAAUUUUGAACAAUCCAAAGAUUAUAACUUUGUGAAUUAUUGAAAAAAGAUUGUAAAUGUUCAGUGUUAGUUAACUGUACUUGUUAACGUAAUAAAAAGUAAAGAUUCUAAUUUGUUGUUAUCAAAAUGAAAUCAAAAUAGCUCUAGAAAUAUUAUAAUUUAUGACAGAGUAUUUGGUGAGAUAAAUAAAAAAGAAAGGGAAGUUAGGAGAGAAAUUAUCACAAAUUAAUAUAUGAAUUAUUACAAAUUAGUCUAAGUUUUAAAUUUUUGAAAUACCUAAAAUUAAAAUUCACCAUAUACAACACAAUAAAAGAAUAUAACUUUUUAUUAAAUCUACAAAUUCAAUAAAUUCAGAAGAGCAUUACCCGUAUCAUAUUCUCCAAGCCAUCCUUAAAUACGUAAAAGAGGAAAGUAAUCCACAAUAACUUGAUGAAAAGGAAAAUUAGUGAUUAAAAACUUGAAAUACAGUAAAAUAUUAAUUAGAAACAAGGAAUUGAAAUCCGGCGAGGGUGUUUGCCUUUUCCCAGUCGUCGGUAAAACAUUUUGGCAUAUUCCGAAAUCUCAAUUUCCUCACACACGUAUAAAUAACCACCGCCAUCAAAAUACUUUUCUCUCGUCCACUCAACUCUCCUCCUUCCUCUACCUCUCACCUUUCCCCUUCUCCUCCUUCCUCACAGAUCGCUAAUUACAUAAAUUAACACCGCGCCGGCUCCAUUUUCCUCCCUCCGCCGGCUCUGCCUCUCCUCCGCUUCCCGCGUUCCGGCUGGGAUCCUCCUCACCUCCCGGAACUCGAUCCCCAAUCCCCUCUCCCCUGUUUCCGAUCUCGUCGAAUAAGGUGAUUUCAAUUACAAAUCUAUUGCUCUGUUUCCCCCCAAUUUCCCUGGACUUUCAAUCUUUCCGCACUUUCGUUAUGAUCUCUCCUAGAACAUCUACAAUGUGGAUAAUGUUUUAGGGCCUUUCUGUUGCUAUUGAGGCUCAGCUCCGUCGAGUGUCCUUUUUUUCAUAUAGUUUGCCUAUGGUUUUCCCUGAAUUUUGUUUGAAAAUUUUGUAAAUUUUCGUGUUGUGUACUCUUUGGAUCUGGCAGGGGUCGAGCUUCCUGCUGCUUUCGGUUUUUCUUUUAUGUGGGUUCUUUGUUUGUCCAUUUCUGCCCCCGUAAUUCCGGUGGUUUGACCCCGUCCAGACCCCUUUGACAUUUUUGACUUGGGAAAUUUUGGCUGGUUAUUCAGGGGAGUUUAGCAGCCAUUGUCCUUCCUCCUGCAUUUCCAGCAGCAGAAAUUCAGGGGUUGUAAAGGAAAGAUAUCCUCUUCCCCUUUUCGGGUCAGAAUAAAAUUUUGGAAAUUUGUCGGUGCGAGUGAGAAAGAAAGGGAAUCCUGGUAGAUUCCGAUUUCUGAGCAUUUCGGUACAGUUUAUCUUUUACUAGUGGGAAGCCUGGAUCUGGGUGCUUAGAAUUUUUCUCAGGGAUUUUUCUGUGGCUGCAAUUUUUAUUUGCUUACAAGAUUAGCUACUAGGUGCAUCUAGUCUUUCUCUAUGGUUUCUGUAGCUUGGAUUCGUGUGUAGAUUUGUGAAAUUUGCUGCUUACUCUGUCUGAUUGUUAUGGUUACAGGAAAAAGCAGAGGGGAUCCUAUAAAGAUGAAGGCUUUAAUCCUUGUUGGGGGGUUCGGAACAAGAUUGAGGCCAUUGACCCUCAGUGUUCCAAAGCCUCUUGUUGACUUUGCAAACAAACCCAUGAUUCUGCAUCAGAUCGAGGCUCUCAAGGCAAUUGGAGUAACUGAGGUGGUUUUGGCCAUCAAUUACCAGCCAGAGGUGAUGCUGAACUUCUUGAAGGAUUUUGAGGCAAAGCUUGGUAUCAAGAUCACCUGCUCGCAGGAGACGGAGCCACUUGGCACUGCUGGCCCUCUGGCUCUUGCUAGGGACAAGCUGAUGGAUAAAUCCGGCGAACCAUUUUUUGUCCUCAACAGUGAUGUUAUCAGCGAGUAUCCUCUCAAGGAAAUGAUAGCAUUCCACAAAUCCCAUGGAGGAGAGGCUUCUAUUAUGGUCACCAAGGUCGAUGAGCCAUCAAAAUAUGGGGUGGUGGUUAUGAAUGAAGCCACAGGGCAUGUCGACAAAUUCGUGGAAAAGCCAAAGAUAUUCGUUGGCAACAAAAUCAAUGCCGGAAUCUACCUCUUGAACCCAUCUGUUCUGGACCGAAUCCAGCUGAGGCCCACCUCGAUCGAGAAGGAAGUCUUCCCGAAGAUAGCUGCAGACAAGAAGCUCUUUGCCAUGGUUCUGCCAGGGUUCUGGAUGGACAUCGGGCAGCCGAGAGACUACAUCACAGGGUUGAGACUCUACCUAGAAUCCCUGAGGAAGAAAUCUUCAGUCAAGUUGGCCACUGGUUCACACAUAGUCGGUAAUGUACUGGUGGACGAGACAGCAAAGAUUGGUGAAGGGUGUUUAAUUGGUCCAGAUGUCGCGAUAGGACCAGGGUGUGUGGUUGAAGCUGGGGUUAGAUUGUCUCGUUGCACGGUGAUGCGUGGGGUUCGCAUAAAGAAGCAUGCGUGCAUUUCAAGCAGUAUCAUCGGCUGGCACUCGACAGUUGGGCAAUGGGCUCGUGUCGAGAACAUGACCAUCUUGGGGGAGGAUGUGCAUGUGUGCGACGAGAUUUACAGCAACGGAGGUGUUGUUCUACCGCACAAGGAGAUCAAGUCGAGUAUUUUGAAACCAGAGAUUGUGAUGUGACAAAUAAAAAACAUGAGGAAGGUAGUAGUGAAGAGUGAAAUUCAUGGUUUUUGGGAGGAGGUGUAGAAUUAAUGUAUGUUCUCUAGAGUUGGCCUGAGAUGGAAGGGGAGAUUUUCCAGUCCAGCUGGAAAGAAAUGUACCUUGUUUCUCCAUCUUUUUUCUUUUUGUUCAAUUGGGUUUCAAUUUAUAUUGCCCUUUGUCCCAUACAGAAGUGUAAAAGUCAGUUUGUGGGAGUUGGAAGUUUGUUGUGAGUUGUCAUCUUGGCUUUUUGCCAAAUAGAAAUGUGAUGCAAAUCAUGUGUGAGCAAAUUUGUAGCUGUGGGAUGGAAUGUGUGGAGAAAUAAAUUCCAGAUCUUCAGUUUGGUGCCAAAGAUUUAUGUCUCUUUCCUUGCUCUUGUCCUUGUACAAGGUUCAAUUCUGUUGCUGUGUUUACUGCUUGCAUACAUCCAAUUGUUACAGAUUGUGGAACGCUCAUUUCAACGGCAUAAGCACCAUAGCCAGAUCAAUCAAGGUUUAUGUAGGCCACGUCCAUGAUAAUCAAAUCAUGGUCCUAACUAUGGAGAAGAAUAUGUAACUGUAUUCCUGUUCCUUAACUUCUGCUGAACCCUGUAUAUUUAAAACUAGAAUUUAACUGUCGGUGGCUUUCAAUUAUUUGGACUUUGUGUGUUGGCAGUGGCCCCCUGUUAACUUUUCUUUUGCUCUGUCUCUCUCGCUAACAGGUCAUAUAGCUUCCAUGUCCCUUUCUUUCCGCUCAAGAUUAUGGAGAGAAUAAUAACAACACACUGACGCUGCCAUGGAUCCCUUCAUGUGAGUACCAUGCUUGCUCUUUUCACAGUUUUGAAGUAACUUACCCUAAAUGUGUGGGCAGUUGGUCACUUCCAAGGGAUUCCAGGCUGUUAAAUCCACCAAGAUCUGGCGAGGAUCCAGAGUGGACUCACAUCACAUGUAGGUCAAGAGGUGACAGUUUUCUCUGUCAUACUGCUGGUUUUAUACUCGGAAAAAAUGGGAUCUUGAUUAUAUCAAUGAUGGGUUAUCUUCUUUCUCAUCAUCUAAUUGGAUUCUUCAGUUUUACUAAUGAUUAUCAGAAGGUAUGAUUAUUCUUAACAUGUUGAAGGACCUUCGAUCGAACUACCGGGUAGCAAAAGACUAUUAUACUAUAACCUGAAAUUUAAGAUACCAGUUUGCUGGUGCAGAGUAGUGAGUUUACUGAGAGCUGUGAAUGAGAGACAGAAGAGGACAUAUUGGAAUCUGCUGGGAGCUUCUCCUCUAUGAGAAGGAAUCUGGAUAAGUGCAUCUCUUUGUCUUUUACUAGGGGGUAAAGGGUUAGGAGGUUUCAGUAGGGACUACCAGUCCCAGCUGAGUAUGAUUGAGGAGUGGUAGGGUAUGAUGCAACAACAUUUUGUGAUGUUUCUUAGUUGUGCUUACUUAUUUGGAUUCAUUUAAUUUGCAAUUCUGUAGUGGCCCUUCCUUCCUUGGCUCUCUCUCAGAGUAUGUUGCAGGUUACCAGAAAAGCAAGUGGGAAAUGAUUUUCUAAGUUAUUACCUGUCAUACUCAUAGCACCCACAUGACAUGACUCCCCUCAUUUUGAUUUAUUAAGGGGCAAAGUGGGUCUCCCAUCUGCAGAGUUAUGGUAUGUCAUUGUCAACGCCAAACAAAGCAACCCCAAAUGAUCGAUAAUGAGUUUGCAGAGGACGACAGGUAGUUAAACUUUGAUCCAACCAGAACCAAAAUGUAAUUUUCCCAACUAACAGUAACAGCAAACGUGCUGGACCAUGGCAAAGAGGGAGUUCCCUUUCUAAGAGCUGGCCGUUCAAUGUUUCAUUCAUCCUUGUUCAUUGGAUUAUUUGAUAUGAUGCUACUUCUAGGCAGUGGCCAUACAACUGACCAAUUUUGGACCAAUCAAUAUUUGCAGUGAUUCCUGCACAGCCUCGAACUUAACAUACUUUUCCAUUAGAAGCAGAUGUAAUUGAUAGAGGGAGAUAGACAGAGCAACCGAGCAACAGGAAGGUUUUGUCCAGGUCAACUUUUUCAUUGCGAAGAGAACAAGAUGUAAUGUAGGGCUCAAAAAAGGAGAGCCGAGUUAACAAAAGGAGAGAGAGAGGGAAGGGGAGAUGGAUUCUGUUGCUCAGGCCUCAGAGUGACUUGUAUUUACAGCUACAAAAUGAAUCACACUUCUGUGAAUUUUUUAAACUUCAUACAGACGCCAUGAGCCAGAACAUGACGUGGGAUGACACUGCAAGAAGAAACCAUGAGAUGAAAGCCAAAGCAAUGGAGAUUUGGAACUUUUUGCAUGGGAAGUGAGGUGUGGCAUUGCAGUAGUGCAGGUCUCGAGCGUACAAAAUCGUGACUCCUGCUGAUGCAGAUGCUGCUGCAAGUGACAGGAUAGAUGUCACCUGCAUAUAAAAAAAAAUUCAGAAAAAAAUGAUACUGGGUUAUGAAGCUCCAAUCAAUUCAAUCUAAGAAGAAAUGAGAUGCGAACAAUUAUGUGCAACAUCAUGAUGGCUGAAUUAUCUACCCAUUCCUCUAGAUUUGCUUAGGAGAAUAAUGCAUGAAGCUGAAAAAUCUCAUCAUGGAGAUCUCAAUUGCGAAGGACUAGAGAUGAAGAUAGUGAUCAACUACAUGUUGUAAGCCUUUUGUGGUCCUACACAGAAAGUGUAAAUGAUCACUUGAAGUAAAGAUAGACAUUUACCCAAUCGCCGACAACAAAUAGGCUCACUAAGACGGGAUUCUGCAAGCUUCUCUUUGAUUUCAAUGCAUGUAGAUCAAGGCAUGCAAGUCCGAAACUCCAUAGAACUUGAAGCCCCAUUGACGCAAUUAGAUAGCUGAAAAUUUUGGACAACAUAAGGCUAUCUUUAAGGAACUGAGUGCAAAAAAAAAAAAAAAAAAAAAAAAAUCCCAGCUCUUCUAAAAGGUGACAUAAAAUAACCUUUCAGUUCAAUUCUACUUCCAUCUCCGUCGACAGAACUCCAAAAGAGAACAAAGUAAUCAUAGCUCUGGAGCUAUUCAAGAAGUAAAUUGGGAAUCAAGGAAGUUAAGAAGAGACACAUCCCAACUAAGCUAGUGAACAUAUAUGCAGAAAAACAUUCAGAAUGACGGGGUAAAAAACUUAUUAGUAACCACCUCAAUAAAUUCAGCAUAUAUUGUUGCAACACUUCUGAUAAUGUGAGCCAGUGCUCACUUUUAUAUGCUGCAUCUACUAGAAGCUCACUCUUCUUAUCUUCAUGUUUACUAGCAUGAAAGGGACAAAUUUCAUGAUUUGUUUUAGUUAUGGUGCAUAACUGUUUGUUUUUGGGAUCAAAGCGACACUAGAAGGAGGAAAUCCAACGUGAAGGAAGAUGGACAUUAAACAGGCGACUAAUAU